AUUAGUCCCCCUCCACAAUUUAAACUUUUUCAGGCAGAUAGGCUUUUUGGCUUUUUUGCUUUUGCAGUUUCAGCCAAGGAAUAGGGAUAUAAAGCAAGUGACAUUCCCCCCACAUCGUCCUGCUCAAAGCUUUUCUUUUGGGAAACUUUAAAAGUUACCGCAAGCAAGCACUGAAUUUACCACCAGCAAAUCUGUGCAAAAAAAUGUUGAGCAGAACAUUGGUCCUUGUCGUUUCACCACUGCUUUUGUUGCUGUCUGCCAAUGCACAUCCAACCGUGCGUCGGACGGAAAACAACAAAGGUUUCAAUUGUCUUGCUACGAGUCGCCAAAACAGCCAAGCGAAAAGUACUGGCAGUACCGUAACGUUUGGUGAGGGUUCCAGCGGUCUCGGCCGCCGAGAAGGCAAGAUUGAAUUUGGAUAUGGAGCCUUUGACGGACCAUCGACAUGGCCUGGAGAGUGCCAAACAGGCAAAAACCAGUCCCCCAUUGAUCUGUUGGCUGCGGCUCCCAACCUCCUUCAACCCCCACGACUUGAUGUCCGAUUCCAAGACGUUUGCACACCUGUAAAGUUUUUCAAUAAUGGUAAUACCGUUGAAGUUGAGAUGCCCGAGGGCCAAAAGGAGAUGGGAUUCGUAGCUGGAAACGGAGAGUUUUUCGAGUUGAAACAGUUCCACUUUCAUACUCCUAGCGAGCACCGGCUCCAGGAGAAACACUUGCCAAUUGAGAUGCACAUGGUUCACCAAAACAAAGCCGGUCGAAUCUCUGUUCUCGCCGUCUUCUUCGAUUUUGCUGGUCAGAACGGGGAAGGAGCCAACAGUUUCCUGUCUCAGCUUGUUCCUCACCUGCCGAAAAUCAAAGCGCGCGAUCAGGAAACAACCAUACCCGGCAUCUCCUUCGCCCCAAUCCUCUCACUAAUCAAGCAAUCUUCCGAUUUUGUCUACAACGGCUCCCUCACAACCCCACCGUGCAGCGAAAACGUACUAUGGAAUGUUGUCCAACAGCCCGUAAAACUCACCCUAGAAGAGUACAUGCCCUUGGUGGAUAUCGUUGGCUUCAAUUCUCGUCCGUUAAUGCGCAAUGACAAUGUUGCUCCACCGCCCGCCGGCACGCAAGUAGCGAUCCCGAAUAAGGUUGAAAUUUCGACUCCGAUAUCGGCUACCGAACAACCAGAAUCAACGUCCGCCGUUGUCCCGAGUCAAGCCACACAGACUCAAGUGCCUGCUCCAGCAGUUCUGGCAGGCGGAAUAGAGGUAGUUCCCCUUCGUUGAGCGGAUGUCGGUGGCAAUCCUUUGCGUACGCAUUUUUCAUUUUGCAUGUAAAGACACAUUUUUCGAGACCAGUAUAUACUUGUAGCAAACAAGAGCUUGUAUAGAAAUUAUAAUCAGAGUUGGGGGAGAGCAAGGUCUCCCUUUUUAUAAAAUCAAAAAUGCCCCAGAC